AUGUGGUUCGCGCAAGUAGAAACUCAGUUCCCUUUGUCAAAUGUACAAAAUAAUACGACAAAGUUCAAUUAUAUCGCGGGAAACUUGGACGCUAAAUACGCAGCAGAAAUGCGCGAUAUUUUGACUCUGCCCGAGGGAGACCCUAGUAGGAGAUACGCGAAUUUAAAAGCUCAGCUCAUCGACCGGUUAAGUGCAUCUCAAGACCAAAAAACGCGACGGCUCUUAGAGCAUGAGGAAAUAGGCGACCGGACGCCAUCACAGUUCUUGAGACACCUUCGAGGACUCGCGGGCAACGUUUUUCCAGAUACCGUCUUACGACCUCUGUGGCUCGGUCGACUGCCAACAGCCGUGCAAGCCAUCCUAGCAACUCAAGAUCAGGCGAAUCUCGACAAACUCUCGCAACUCGCGGACGCGAUCGCGACGACGCUAGGUGCAAAGACUAUCGUGACGGAAGCUUCGGCACAGCCGAUACGAACGGUCCCAGGCCAGGUAGACCUCGGUGCCCUUUUCGAGUAG